CAGAAAGCUUUGGUGGGGGUGGAGGGGGUGUUGCUUGAACCAGGUGUUGGGGAAGAAUGCAGGAGUUCUGAGGUUUCUGAUAUGACUUGGGGGUCUGAAAUUCAUUGCUGACCAGGAUAGAAAAAGGUGAGAAGUAACUUGGCAAGGUAGAGAAGACUGAAGAAGUCCCAAGGAGCCAUGGAAGGUGUAUUUCCAGAGUAGCAGGCAGAGUGGUUCCUGUCAGGAUUGGAGGGAAAACCAAAAAUAUUAUAGACCCUGGGACUAAAGUGACGUGGUGUGCUUGGCUGAAGCACCAUGUGAUAAGCAUGCCUGCUGCAUUCCCUGGAAAAGAGAAAACUCCUGCUUUUGUCUCUUUCCUCAUGGUCUUUCUUCUGAGAAUCCAAGAGCAGUGACUAGCUGAAGACAUGUGAAUUUUCCACAAAACGAAGUAGAGUGAUUCUAUAGAUCACUAUUCUAGCUGCAUUACAAACCAAAAGUGCUAAGUUGUUGCCUCAUGCCUAGUUGUCUGGAACCUCUUCACUGAAACGAUUACAGUUAGAUCUCAUCUGUAUGGGUGGAAGGAAAAAAUUCUGAGAAUGAUAUGUUCAAAGUGCUACCUUGAAGUUAGAACUGCGCAUUGUGGUAACAACAGAAAGAGAAAGACAUUUCUUAUGUAUAAGCUCAGGAUGUGGUCCAACAGCAGCUCCCCUUCCUUCUUGUUGACUGGUUUUCCAGGCUUGGAGGCAACUCAUCACUGGAUUUCCAUAUUUUUCUUUUUCAUCUAUAUCUCUGUCCUUUUCGGCAAUGGCACCCUCCUCCUUCUCAUUAAGGAAGACCACAGUCUUCAUGAACCCAUGUACUUCUUUCUCGCCAUGCUGGCUGCCACCGACCUGGGGAUGACCCUGACCACAAUGCCCACGGUGCUGGGAGUCCUCUGGCUGGAUCACAGGGAGAUUGGAAGUGCAGCCUGCUUUUCCCAGGCCUACUUUAUACACUCACUUUCCUUUGUGGAGUCUGGUGUUCUGCUCAUCAUGGCCUAUGAUCGUUUUAUUGCCAUCUGCAACCCUCUUAGAUAUACCUGUAUACUUACUAACACUCGAAUAAUGAAGAUUGGACUGGCAGUUCUGAUGAGAGGAUUUGUAUCUGUUGUUCCCCCAAUCAUGCCCCUCUAUUUUUUUCCCUAUUGUCACUCCCAUCUUCUUUCACAUGCAUUCUGCCUUCACCAGGAUGUCAUUAAACUGGCCUGUGCUGAUACCACCUUCAACCGACUAUACCCAGUUGUACUUGUAGUCUUUAUAUUCGUGCUGGAUUCUCUGAUUAUCCUAAUCUCUUAUGUGUUGAUACUCAAGACUGUCCUGAGCAUUGCCUCCAGAGAGGGGAGGCCCAAGGCCUUCAAUACUUGUGUCUCCCAUAUCUGCUGUGUCCUGGUUUUCUAUGUCACAGUGAUUGGAUUGUCUCUGAUUCAUCGUUUUGGAAAGCAGGUUCCACAUAUUGUUCACCUCACUGUGAGCUAUGUCUAUUUUCUGUUCCCUCCACUAAUGAAUCCUAUAAUAUAUAGUGUCAAGACCAAGCAGAUUCGGAAUGGUAUUCUUCACCGUUUUACUACCCGUAGAACUGGAACCUGAUCUCUGAUCAUCACAGUCAUGCUCACAGAAUGUAAAAACUCUAAUAUUUAGGGGGAGAGCAAAGAAGUGUCAUAUCUAGCAUGCAUGUUCAUAUAUCUUGGUAAAAUAGAUGUUAAAAUAGAGUUUCAGAUUUCCCUAAGGCAUCUUUUUAAGCCCAAAUCUUUAGCUAAAUGUAGUUUGCACAAAUUUUUGUUGCAUUCCUGCAUAUUGAAUAUUUCUCUAAGAUUUCCACUAAGUUAUUGUGAUAACAAUACCUUAGGCAUCUAUUGGUGUGUCUAUAAUGUAACUAACAUGUUUAUUUCAUGGUAUAAAGUUAGCAGAUAGGAACAGCAAUAAGAAUAUAAAAUUAUUAGUUGGUUUGAGUGAAAUGGAAUAGAGUUUGGUUUACUAUAUCAAAUCCAAUUUCCAACUCUUAUGAAUUCCUCUGCAGAUGUCCAUAUAAACAAUGGGGACCUAUAAGUUUGGACACUGAAGUCCAGGAAUUUUCCUGCAAAAAAAAAAAUGUAAUCUUUGAUUAGUGACCUAAUCACUUAUCAUCCCAACAGUCUAGUUGGCUCCUCCUUUCUCCAUCAAAUGAUCAUAAGUUUGUCUCAAAGACCAUAAACUCAUAUUUAUUCCCCAAGACAGUUCCUUCCUACAAACUUUUAACAAAAAAUGUGAGAAGAGGAAUCACGGAUGAAUGAGAAGACACAGACACAGUCAGUACCUCCUAUUUUGCUCUCAUUCUUAUCCUACUACCCUCGUUGUUAACUCUGAUGUUGAAGCCAUCCCAAGAUAUCUACCCAUGGAUAACUAGUCUGAAUUAGUGGAAGAGACAGUUCCUUCACUCUCCUUCUGCUAUGAACAAGGUCUGAAGGCUCAAAAAAUAGGUUGAUGCAUUUUUUGAAGAAUGAUGGCUGUCUGUACAUAUAUAGUCUGAUUCCAUUUUAUAAGUGUAAAUUUCCCAAAAAAAUACAACAAUUUCAUUUCUUAUUUGAUUAAAAUGUGUCUAAUGCGUUAGGAAGGGACUCAUCCCUCAAUUUAAAAUAUCCUAGAAAGAGAGAGGUUAUGUCUUACUUACACUUUAAUCAGAGAAAAAAUAAUACUUCAGUGAGAGAGGAGAGGGGUCUCUAUGGAAGAUACUGUUUAUGUCUUUGGUGUUUUGCCCAGAUAAUUUUACAUAACUGUGCACCUGUGAAUGUUGGCUGCUUGUUGUUCAUGGUUUCUGCAUUCUGCAGAGUGUUCUCUACUCAGUAGGAAAUGUCUCAUGAAGAAAAUGGCCCCUGCUCCCCAGGAUGCAGGCCAUAGGCAAAUAUUGACCCUCUUGCUUCUAAAGCUAAGCUCCAGCUGUGACUGUGCACUUGCUUACCUCCUUCCUUUGGCUAUGCUACUUUUUCUUGCUCCCUGUCUCCUGAAAGCAUUCACUAAUAAAUGACACACAUCUGAAUCUACCUCAGGCUUUGCUCAAUGAGAGUCCAGCUUAAACACUGCACUCCUUAUUCAUAUUUUGUUUCAUUAAGAAAUGUGAUUGGGAAAGAACUGAGCAUGUAGGAAAAACUAUGGGCUUUAUCAUUUUUUUCAUCCUUGUCACUCCAUGUCAUCUGAGCAACACAGUCUGAAUGCUCAAUUGUGAGUGUGAGUACAUGUAUGUGAUGCUAGGUUUUUGUCCUGCUUUCAAUCAUUCAGGAAAGCAAUCAUGUGUCCCUCAACUUCUUCUCUACCACAUCCACAACUUAUUUUAUUAAUAAGAAUAUUGUGAGGUAGAUAUUAUCAUUAUUUUCUUGUGGGGGUGAAUUUAAUAUAAAAAAUUAAACAUCCCCUCCAAGGGCAUAAAAUUUAUAAGUGGUAUAGUUGUGAUUCAAAUCUAUAUCUUCUAACUAUAAGGCCAGUGUGACUGGUACUCCACUAAAAUAGUCUAUCUUAAGUUGCUUCUACUUUGUGCCUUGUAUUCCACCAUGCUUAUAGAAGUAAUACCUACUUCCUUUUUCUGAAAAUUUCUUCUCCUUCUACUCCAAAUAUAUUGUUCCCUAUGAAAACCGAUAUUUUCCAUUGUAUCUCCAAACUCCUAACCACAGAGCUUUUUUAAAAGAAUUUUUCAAUAUGACAUUGUAAAAAAAAUAGUAAUCGUUUUAUUGUUGGUAAAAGUACUAAAAUGCAAUGCUGAGAAUUGUUAAUAACAAUGUUUUCCAUCAGGCAAGUGACUUCAAACUAUAAUAAGCAUUUAGAGUAAAUUAUAGAUAAAAAAAUGAUAAUAAAUAAAAAGGAUCUUCAUAUCCCUGAUCCCAUGUCUUCCUGAGACUCAGUAACAAGGACAGUUUGAAUUCUUUCUUGAUUCCACAGUCUAGUAAAGUCAUCUUCUUGUAAUUU